UCUUAUACGUGCAUCACAGUUCCAACUCCUUAAACUCUCAGAAGAUCCAGACCUGCAGCCUGUUCUCCUUGGGCUCUUCCUGUCCAUGUACCUGGUCACAGUGCUCGGGAACCUGCUCAUCACCCUGACCAUCAUCUUUGACUCCAAACUCCACACCCCUAUGUACUUCUUCCUCUCCACCUUGUCCUUGGCUGACAUCUGUUUCAUCUCUACCACAGUCCCCAAGAUGAUUGCAAACAUCUUAAUUCACAGCAGGGUCAUCUCCUAUGCAGGCUGCCUGACACAGAUGUCUCUUUUACUAGUUUUUGCAUGUAUGGAUGAUAUGCUUCUGGUUGUGAUGGCCUUUGACAGAUUUGUGGCCAUCUGUCACCCCUUGCAAUAUCAUAUCAUCCUGAACUUUCACCUCUGUAUCUUUUUUGUUCUGGUUUCUCUUUUGUUCAGCAUUUUGGAUUCUCAGAUACACAAUUUGAUUGCCUUACAAUUCUCCUACUUCAAAGAUGUGGAAAUUUCUAAUUUCUUUUCUGAUCCUGCUCUGGUGCUUAGUCUUUCAUGCUCUGAUAGUGUUACUAAAAAUAUAGUCAUGUAUUUUGUUGGUGCUGUCUAUGGUUUCAUUCCUGUAACAGCAAUCAUUUUGUCUUACUAUAAAAUUAUUUCUUGUAUUCUGGGAAUCUCUUCAUCAUGUGGAAAGUAUAAAGCCUUUUCCACCUGUGCAUCUCACUUAUCAGUUAUUUGCUUAUUCUAUGGAACAGGAAUUGCAGAAUACUUUUCAUCCUUUAUGUCUAGUUCUAGAAAAAGUGCAGUAGUCUCAUUAAUGUGUACAGUUGUCACCCCUAUGCUGAACCCAUACAUUUAUAGCCUAAGGAACAGGGACAUUAAAAGUGCUCUUCAGAGACUGUGGAGCAGAACCACAAAAUCUCAUCAUCUCUUUCCUCCUUCUUAUUCUAAGCACAAAAUGACUUUCUAA